AUGAGUGAUAAUCAAGGAAAAACCGAUAAUGAAAGAGAUUCAAGAGAUAGAAGUCCUCCUCCGAAGCGUUCUAGAGAUUCUAAUAUUCCUUGUGAAAGUCAUAUUGUUUAUUUUUCUAAUCUUCAUCAUUCCACAACAUGGAAAAUGUUAAAAGAUUUAUUAGCUAAAGAAGUUGGGGGUGUCAACACAGUUGAGUAUUUAGUAGAGAAGAAUGGUAAAUCGAAGAAUUGCGCUGUCGUAGAGUUUGAAAAUUCAUCUUACGCAGAAAAGUGUGUUAAUGCGAUGAACAGAUAUAAUUUCAGUGGUCGUGAGAUGGUUGUUAACCUUGUUCGUGAUCCAAAAGCUUUCUUCCGUAAGGUUACACUUGAUACAGGUUGUCUCUAUGAAGACGGCCGUAUUAUUCCUGCUCGUUUAGCGAUGGGCAAAAAUAGAGGGGUUGAUGAGUACGGUCGUGGAGGAUCUUCAAACUAUUUACGUGAAAAUUAUGAUAAUUGUGGAGUUCCUAUUGAUAUUCUUAGAGACUUACAAAUUACAGGCCCACUUUCAAAAUGCAUUUUCGCUUGCAACUUCGACUAUAAACUUAGUUGUGGAAAAAUUUAUAAUCUUUUUGCUCGUUGUGGGGAAAUCACUUAUAUUGACCUUCCUCUUAAUGAAGAAUCUAGAUCUAAAGGACAAGCAAUUAUUGAAUUUAAGAAAGAGGCAGAAGCAGUUAAUGCUAUUGCAAUGCUUAAUAAUGUUGAAUAUGAAGGUCGCCGUUUGAUGGUUAAAUUAGAUAGUAAACCAAGAGGACCAAACUCCAAAAUUGGAUUACCUAAAGGUUGUCAUGGCAUGAAACCUUCUAUUCUUCAUCUUUGUAAAAACGAGUCUCCUCAACCACAGCAAAAUUCAGGAUCAGAUUUAACAAAAUUAAUUGAAACACUUUUUGCUAAUCGUACUCCAACAUAUAAUUCAUCACAACAAAAUUAUAGUUCUCAACAAGAUAUUCCAAGACAAAGUAGUUAUGGAAGUAUAAAUUCUAAAGAUAGAAGUCUUCAGCAAAGUUAUGUUGAUGAAGGAAAUUAUUCAAGUAUAUCUGGUGGAUAUAGGGGAGAAUUUGCUGGAAAUGGAUCUUCUCAAAGAGAUUAUGGAAGUACAACUCCUCGUGAGUAUCAAGGUGGUGUUCUUCCAAGAGGAAAUGAUUAUCAAAGUUCUGAUCCUCGUGAUUAUAGGAGCAAUCCUCCAUCAAGAGGUGACUACUCAAAUAACGGAGCCCCUCGAGGUGGAUCAUACUCAUCUUCUCGUAGAAAUUAUUAA